AUGAUGGAUCAAGAGCAAUUGGAUCAUCAUUUUGACGACGAGGACUUGCCAGGCACGUCGCAGAGUGCUACGACUUCAGCUUCACUCUCGAUCCUCUCCGCUCCACCAAUCAUUGUCCGAGAGGCAGCUUUGGAGGUGAUCGAUAAGCUUGUAGCUAAAGUUGACCAUGAGCUUUGCUGCGUGAAUCAACGCUUGAGGAAUCUCGAAGCGGACAGUUAUCGUGAGGAGAACAAGAGCCUUCUUAGCCAGGCGAAGAUCCCCGUCAGUCAAUUCUUGCCACCCUACUUCCGGAAUGAUCGAGGCUAUGGACCUCCACCAAAUGAAGAAACUAUUAUGAAGCGAAACAAUUUCUCGUUCGACCCACUCGUGAAAGUGCCACGGCCAUGGAUUUCUCGUGAGAUCAACUUUCUCAAGGCGGCUGUUCGAGAGGAGAUGAUCGAGAUGCAGCUGAGCGAUUAUCGACUGCAAAUCGAGCGAUUGAACGAGAAGAUCAAUGCGUCUGGAGUGGAAACGAGUAAAGAGGAAAGGGCCGGAUGGAUGGCGCAAAAGGACAAAAUGCUCGGAAUCAUAGAAUACGUGAAAACCAACGGCCCAACACUGCCGCCAAACCCGAUGAAAAUUAACUGGUCGAAAAUUGCUGCUAAAACUUUCAAAUACUCACGCAAUCCGAUUGAGAUCCGCUUGAAAUGGAUAAACGAUCUCGAUCCGGCCGUUAACAAUGGGAAAUGGUCGCCUGAAGAGAUUAGUAGCCUACACCGUUUGACCCUUGGAAAGCACGGAUUCAUUAAUUGGUCACUCGUUGCACAACAAUUGGGCACCGGACGACGACCAUUCACCGUUUUUCAGAAAUAUCAGGAGGACAUUGCUUCUAAAAUGCCAAGAGAAUGGACACGGGAAGAGGACGAGAAAUUGUUAGGAAUUAUUGAGAUGGUUCGUUGCGGGGACAAGGUUCCGUGGGAGAAAGUCUCUCAAUUCAUGAUUGGCCGCACGAUUCAACAGGUGAAAAUGCGUGCGAAGUCGCUUGAUCCAGCCACGAAAUACGGAAGAUGGACGGAAGAUGAGGAUUUGCUCCUUCUCUGCGCCAUCGAGAAGUUCGGCACACACGCGUGGGACAAAGUGAAGCAAACGGUGCCCGGACGAACGGAGUCACAAUGUAAGCAGAGAUGGAGGAAUCAACUCUCAUUGGCGCAUACACCAGGAGCACAAGUGAACACAUGGACGUUGGAAGAAGACGAGAAAUUGCUGGCCGGUGUGAAUAUUUUUGGGAAGGGUAGAUGGCGUGCAAUCAGCGACACAAUGUUGCCGGAAAGACAGAUUCCGAAGAUUCGCGCACGAUAUCUCUCGCUUGUCACGACGAAACUUCGGUUGAUCUCUGCCCAGGCAGACAUGGUUCGCAGUGCUCAACAGGCGCUGAAUGUGCGCGCGAUCACACAAAUGGAGAAAAAGAAUCGGCUUUUCGAUCGUUUCAAUGAUUUGACCGGUCAGAACAACGAGAUAAUCGAAUCGAUUCGGAAACAGGGAGAAAAUGAUAUGGAAGAGAGAAAAAAGAAGUUCGCCAUUUACACCACCGAAGACGAGCGACACCAUGCUGAGAUGAAGAAGAAAGAAAUCGAGGAAUUCUACAAGAAAGAGGGCGAAUUGAGCGAGGCGGUGAGCAGCGAUGCGGCACAGCGAUUGCUCGAGGGAAUCGUCAUCGAUGAACAAGACCUCGUCGAUUUGGCUGAUCGCUCGGAGAAACGCCGUCGAGUGUACAAUGGACGGCCGAGUGCUCCCGCGGCAAGCAGGAACCCAUUCGAGAUCGAUCCGAAGACGAUGCACGUGCGAACGGCGAAGAAGCUCCGCACACCGGUCAGAGUGCCCAACUUUGAGUCGAAGAUCAACGUAGACGAUGAGGAUUUGGCACCGGAGGAAACUCGUGAUGUUUUGACAAACGCGAUUGCGCAAAGAAUUCGUCUGAAUGAUGAUUACUUCUUCCAGAAUCUGUUGGCGAACGCCGAUCAGCUGAAAGCGGCGAUGAAGUCGAGUUUUCAAGCGGUCUUGGAAAAGGUAUUUCAAGGCGAUCACAACGAUUUGGUCCCUUUACCACCAAAUAUGGCCACGCUUGCUUUACAGCAGAAAUUGACGGAGAAUCGCUACAAAAUGCUCAAGAGCGCCUCGCUUUAUUUCGAGACGGAGAAAACGUUGGAUGGAACGCCGGUGGCGGAGAAUCGAGCGCAUAUUCAAUUGUCAAAGCAAAUCACGGCUUCUGAUGAGUUCAAGCAAUUCAAGAAUCGAAUGAGGGCACUUCUCUUUGAGCCAAUGCUGCUCGAUACGGCACUUUGGUCAACAAAGAAAGAAGAGGAAUGGAUUGAGAUGAAAUCGAAGAAAAAUGAGACAAAUGGAGAUGGAGAGAUCGAUGGACAAGGAGAAAAGGAACAGGAGAAUGGACAGAAUGACGAUUCAUCGGAUUUGGUCACCUCUCAACCAUCAACCUCUUGUGAGGAUCUUCUCGCCGAGAGACCCAAGCAAAUGAACCCGUUUGACAUCGAGAAGGAGGCGUCACUGCAUCGACACAAGAUCGAUCAAAUGCUGAACGAUAUGCUCGAAAUCGAUGAUGAUGAUUCGCGAAUUUUUUCUUCGUCUCGUCAUUCGAAUGCAAGUCUCACCUCAAAGGAUAAUUUGAUGACUACGCUGAAUAGUUUUUUGAUGCCACAGGUUCAUCAAGCUCAACAGGACGUGCGAAUCCCGCCGCCUGCACCAAAUCCGUUGAGUCGUCCACCGGCGGCAAAGAAGAAGCGCUUUGCU